CCCUCCAGCCAGCCCGCGCCUUAGGAGCGGCGGCGACGUCCUCGGGCCCGGCGGCGGCGGCCCUCGGUUGGGCGGGAGGCGGCGGGUCCGGGGUCCAAGAUGUCGUACAUGCUUCCUCACUUACACAACGGCUGGCAGGUGGACCAGGCCAUCCUGUCCGAAGAGGACCGGGUCGUCGUCAUCAGGUUCGGCCACGAUUGGGAUCCCACGUGUAUGAAGAUGGACGAGGUUUUAUAUAGCAUCGCCGAAAAGGUGAAAAACUUCGCCGUCAUUUACCUCGUGGACAUCACGGAGGUCCCGGACUUCAACAAGAUGUACGAGUUGUACGACCCUUGCACGGUCAUGUUCUUCUUCAGGAACAAGCACAUCAUGAUUGACUUGGGCACGGGAAACAACAACAAGAUUAACUGGGCCAUGGAAGACAAGCAGGAGAUGAUCGACAUCAUUGAAACCGUCUACCGGGGAGCCCGGAAAGGUCGGGGUCUGGUGGUUUCCCCCAAGGACUAUUCCACCAAGUACAGAUACUGAAGGACCCGGCCUCUGGGUCCCUCCCCGGCUCCGCUUGUAAAUACCGCCGCUCUCUUUCACGUGGAAAGGUUUUAAACGUUUAUUUAAACCCGUAGUCCUUCUGGGAGAGCGCUCUGUGGCUCCACGGAGCCGACUAGCCGGAGCUCCCGUUUCGGUCGAGGUCCUUUAGAAUCCUUCACGCUGUGUGUGUUCCCGUGCGAUGAAUUUUUUUGUAUUGGCAAGGACGCUCCCCUCAGUUCCCAGCCGAAGGAAUUAAAAAAUCACCCAGACUCCGGGAGCAGCCUCGAUACGUGUGUCUUUUUGGUAAUAAACUGAAUUUUUCUCCUUGA